GACUUGAUCAGAAGAAUGAAUGGAAUAGAAGGUCGCAAAUAAAUGUUUGCUUAAAGAGUCUUGAUAAUUCUAAAAAUAUAAAACAAGAAUUUUUAGAAGAAGUUAAAAAUCAACAUGAACAUGGGGGCAAUUCGGCAAUUGCGAUUUAUGGAAUAACUAAUAACCAAAAAGAUGGUAAUUACAUGAUGGUUAUGGAGUAUGCAAAGCAAGGAAGCCUCAGAAAUUUGUUAGAUAGUAAAUAUGGUGAAUUAAAUUGGGCUUCUAAAGAAGGAACUGAAUUAUAUAAGCAAAUUAAAAAUAUUAAAAAUCUAGACAAAAACUUCUUAACAUUUGAUCAAGUUAAAUAUCAAACACACCCACAAGCUAUUUAUACAAGUCGACGUUUGAAUCUUUUAAAACUCCCUAAACCAGCAGGAAGUCAACUUAUUGAUUUUCAAAUCCCCGAUGGUAAGUAA